AUGCGUUACACCCUAUGCCUAGCAAUGUCACACCCUACGACCAACAGUAUGCGCCACACCCUAUACCUAGCAGUGCCACACCCUAUGACCAGCAGUGUCACACCCUACAAAAAGCAGUAUGCGCCACACCCUAUGCCUAGCAGUGUCACACCCUACGACCAGCAGUAUGCGCCACACCCAAUGUCUAGCAGUGUCACACCCUACGACCUGCAGUAUGCGCCACACCCUAUGUCUAGCAGUGUCACACCUUACGACCUGCAGUAUGCGCCACACCCUAUGCCUAGCAGUGUCACACCCAACGACCAGCAGUAUGUGCCACACCCUAUGCCUAGCAGUGUCACACCCUACGACCUUCAGUAUGCGCCACACCCUAUGCCUAGCAGUGUCACACCCUACGACCUGCAGUAUGCGCCACACCCUAUGCCUAGCAGUGUCACACCCUACGACCUGCAGUAUGCGCCACACCCUAUGCCUAGCAGUGUCACACCCAACGACCAGCAGUAUGUGCCACACCCUAUGCCUAGCAGUGUCACACCCAACGACCAGCAGUAUGCGCCACACCCUAUGCCUAGCAGUCUCACACCCUACGACCUGCAGUAUGCGCCACACCCUAUGCCUAGCAGUGUCACACCCUACGACCUGCAGUAUGCGCCACACCCUAUGCCUAGCAGUGUCACACCCUACGACCUGCAGUAUGCGCCACACCCUAUGCCUAGCAGUGUCACACCCUACGACCAGCAUUAUGAGCCACACCCGAUGCCUGGGAGUGUCACACCCUAUAAUCAGCACUACGUGUAG